CUUGUUGAACUAUCCUCGGAACCACUCGACCUGACGAAGCUUGUCGACUUCGUGCGGAGCGAAGAGGCGGGGGCCAUAUCGACGUUUUCUGGCACGACAAGGAAUAAUUUCACGGUGAACGGCGUGAAAAAGCGAGUAUUGCUUCUCAGUUACGAAGCAUACGAGCCUAUGGCGCUUUCCGAACUGCGUCUGAUAAUCAAAGAAGCCCACGUCCGAUAUCCCACCAUCCUGAAAGUGGGAAUAGCACAUCGGACAGGGGAUGUACCAGUAGCGGAAGCCUCGGUAGUCAUUGCGACCUCGUCUCCCCAACGGAAGGAUGCGAUGCAUGCCACCGAAUGGAUCUUGGAUGAAUUGAAGAGGAGAGUUCCGAUAUGGAAGAAGGAGGUGUAUGAUGAUGGGAGCGUGUGGAAACAGAAUGGGGAG